AUGUCAUCAACAAAAAAGACAUUCAAAAAUAAUAGUAAAAGAUUUGGUUCUAGUUCCAAUAAUUUAUCAUCUACAUCAUCAAAUAAUAAUUCUGGUUCGUUGGAACUAGCUAAUUUAAAAGAGAUGUUUCCAGAUUGGGAAUCAGAUGAUUUACAAAGUUUAUUAAAGGAACAUUCUUUAGAAUCUGUAAUUGAUUUGAUUGUUAAUAAUAAAGUAUCAAAAUGGGAACCUAUAAAAAAGGAAAAAAAGAAGAAGGAAAAAGAUGAAAUAGAUGUAAAUAAUAAUAAUAAUGUAACUGCUAAUAAUAGUAAUAGUAUAAAUUCAAAUUUUGCUUCAAAUAAACCUUUUAAUAAACAGAAUACUAGGGCAAAAAAAUCAACCAAUCCAGCUAAAAGAAGCGCAGGGGAUUUUAAAAAAGUUGGUGGUGAUACUGUAACUAGUUCAAAGAAACUUGAAAAAGAAAAAGAAAAAGAAAAGGAAAAAGAAAAGGAAAAAGAAAAAGAAAAAGAAAAAGAAAAAGAAAAAGAAAAAGAAAAAGAAAAAGAAAAUAAAGAAUUAAUAGAAUCAAAAGAUGAAACUAAAAAUGGUGAACAUGAAAAUGAAGAAGUUUCUGAUAAAAAAUCAGCUUUAAAAAAUGCUAUGGUUCCAGAAUUAAAAGAAGGAUUUUCUUGGGCUUCUGCAAUAACUCCAAAAACUGUACCAAAAAAGAAACUAACACCAAUUGUUCAAGAGGAAAAGCAACCUGAAGAAAAGGAAGAAUUAAAAGAACAAGUUGAUGAAAAACCAGUUGAAGAAAUAACUCAAGAAACAAUAGAAUCACAAGUUGAAGAAGAAAUAUCAACUGCUCAAACUUCUGCUCCAUCUCAAGAAUCACAACCUCAAUCACAACCUCAGCAACCACAACAAUCACAACCUCAGCAGCAAAACCAACAACAACAACAACAACAACAUCAACAACAUCAACGAGCUCAACCUCAAGUUGUAUUACCAAAUCAAGAACUGAUUAAUUCAGUUGGUAUUUCAUUUGGUUCAUUAUCUUUAAGUGAAGAAGAGCAACAACAACAAGCUCAAAAAGAACAAUCACAAGAACAAUCAAAAGAACAACAACCACAACCUGUGGAACAACAAAGAUACGGUUUAUAUAAUCAACAACAACCUAGACAACAACAACAUAGUGCAUAUCAACAACAAUACACCAAACAACAACCUCAGCAACAACAGUAUGAUUAUUAUAAUCAAUUUCAACAACAACAAUAUCCACAAACUGCUGCUCAACCAGGUGCUCAAUUUGGUGGUUAUCCAGGUUAUGAUUAUAAUGCAUAUUCACAACAAGCUGCUUCUGCUGCUUUUGGUGGUAUUGCUUCACCAGCAGCAAAUCAUACUGCAACUUCAAGCGCUGGUUAUUCACAGUACGCUUCAGCUCAACAAGCAGCUUCCAACUCGGCUGAUUCUACUCAAAGUCCAAUUUCUAAUCCAACAAGUUUACAACAACAACAAGCUGCUGUUUUAGCUGCUCAACAAGCUCAACAAGCACAAGCUCAGCAACAACAACAUACUCAACAGCAGCAAAUUCCAACACCAUUUGCUUAUCCAUAUUAUUAUGGUUAUUACAAUAAUCCAUACUUUAAUUCAGCUGGUAAUUUGGGUUCAAGUGGUUUUAAUACUGGUGUUGCUGCUGCUGGUUCAGGUGUUAUUGGUACUCCUCAACAACAAAAUCAACAAACAUCUCAACAACAACAACAACCACAAACUCAACAACAAUCUCAACAACAACAACAACAACAACAAACUUCAUCUAACGGAUUCACUGGUCAACAACAAUAUUACACUCCAAAUCAAUUCAAUAACAGAUAUCCAGGUUAUUCAUAUCCACAACAACAAUUUCAACAACAACCACAACAAGGUCAAUCACAACCAAAUCAACAAUCAAGUGGUCAAUCCCAAGCUUCAAACUCAGAAUCUGGUGAAUCUGGUCAACAACCACAAACAAAUCAACAACAACAACCAUUACCUCAACAACCAAUAAUGCCUCAAUAUGGUGCUUAUCAGCAAUAUCCUCAAUAUGGGUAUCAAGAUAGAGGAGCUUGGUAUUAG